UUUAGGAAUGGUCAUAUAGAAGCGCACGCACACUAUUUACAAGAAGUCCUUACUCUGGUCCGAGAUAGGUAUAUUCUGUAUAGACUAAAAUAUACAUACAUUGUGGAGGGUAAGCUUGUUAGCAAGCCUGGCAAUCAAAUGUAAAAGAUGCGAGACCGGUUGAAGACCGAAGCACACACACUUAAAGCAAAAGAUGCGAAACUGGUUGAAGACCAAAGCGCACACAUUUAAAAUAUGCGAGACCAGAUGAAGACAGAAGCACAUACACACACACUUAAAUGAAACGAUGCGAGACCGGCUGAAGACCGAAGCGCACAAAAGAAAAAAAGAAAAGAUGCGAGAUCGGUUGAAGACCAAAACACAUACUUGAACGGAAAAGAUGCCUCUGGUUGAAGACCAAAAUGCACACACACACACAAAAAAAAAAAAAAGUCGGUUGAAGGCCGUGGUGCAAACAGGUAAAAAAAAAUAAUAAUAAUAAACCGGUAGCGACCAAGAGACAAAUUGUAACCAAAAUGAGUCCAGAUGGAGACUGAAGCAUAUUUAGGUAUAAAAGUUGAGUCCGGGUGAAGAAGCACAAAGAAAAAUGGUUAAGGUUCUGAUUGAUUAGUAACAUACCUAAAGAAUAUUAUGACAGCUCCAGGCUGAUAGGUACGAUACAGGUGUAUCCAAUUUGGUUAUGAACUAAGUGUUGUGAUUUUGUGAUGCGUUGAUUAGAAAACAUUUAUAAUUGUUCGCAAUCUACAUAUCAAAGAAAAAAAUGAUCGAUUUUCAGAUGGAUGAUAACAGUUACCCCUUAGCGCCUUUCAACGAAGCGGUAGAUGCAUCGGAUCUCCGCCGAGAGUGGGAAGAGUGGCUUAGAGCGUUCGAGUUGUUGCUGGAGUUAAAACAGAUUGAUUCACAGCAUGGUAAACUGGUAUUCAUGCUAGCACGCGGAGGCCGGGGUCUCCAAAGGAUUUAUUACAAUCUGAGGCCAGUAUCUGGAGAAAUCUAUCCAGAACCAUCGAAAGUGCCUCUAGCACCAGAAGAAAUCCCCGAAUUCGAUAACGCGGUCAAACGUUUGAAUCACUUCUUCGUCGGAAAACGCAAUGAGCGGGUCGAAUUAGAAGUUUUUCGCUCGCUUAAGCAGUCUGCUGACGAAUCUUUCAAUCACUUCGUUCUCAAGCUUCGCACGCAAGCUUCCAGAUGUGAUUUCCGAGACCGGGAGGAGAAGGAAAUUUUGCAACAAGUAACUAUCGGUGCCAGGGAUGAAAGGGUUAGAGACAAAGGUCUCGAGAGCACGAUGGACCUCGACGAGUUGACCAACUACGCCAUAAAUCGAGAACUACUGAUGAAGCAAAAGCAGAAAUCCCAGCCGUUCAAAGUUGAAUCCGACUCAGCUAGCGUCUCAGCGGUGAAACAAAUCUGGAACAGAAAGCAACAAUCCAAGGAGCGAUCUUCCGGAAUGACUUCGUUCAAACGAGAGAAGCCGUGGAAUGAGGGAAAUCGUGUUCGAUCGGAAUGCGAUCGCUGCGGUUCAUGGAAACACUUCAAAGACUCGAAAAUGUGCAUUGCCCGAAAUUCCAAAUGCAACAAUUGCGGCCGUAUGGGCCACUUCGCCAGGAAAUGCAGAGCAAUAAGAAAGUCGCAGCUCAAAGCCCGCAGCACUUGGAAGCGUGCCGAUGAGGAGACCAAUACCGUACAAGAUAUCGACGGAGACGACAUGGAGCCCCUAGGCUAUCGCAAGACGUCGGAUGAUUCGAUGAAGGACCUGCUCACUAUCAGGAUGUACCAGAAGCAGAACUUGAUGAGAGGGAUGGUCCAACAACAGCAAAGGAAGGAAACACAAUGAAGAGACUUCAAGCCAAGGAAUACAGUACAUUGAUACGUCCCAAACGUGAUAAGAAAUUACCAGCUAGAUAUAGUAGCCACUAGAUGGUUCAAGCAACCUGUAUCAGAAGCAUUUUUUUUUUUCAUUGUUUUAUUUUUAUUAGAGUAGAAAAGAGAUGUAGAGUCCAUAUUAUAACCAUAUUCUUGUUGAGCAUCAAUGUCUUACCCCUCAACGUGGUAAGUAACGUAAGAUCGAUUUGAAGAGAGUGAGAAAGAAUGAAAAGAGGGAGAAGUAAAUAAUAUCCGGUAUUCAGGUUGGUCUAAGACAGAACGAAUCCAAUUACUGUCGCGAGUGGUCGUCAAUAAAAGUAACCGGUGAAUAAAUCAG